UCCUGCUAGCUUGAACAAAAAGAAAACAAAACAAACUCCCAAAUCCCCAAAUACAAAUACACUCACUCAACACACCUCCCUCUAUAAUCAAAACCCAAACCCCUCCCAAACGACGCCGUAAAGCCAAUCAGAACACCAUGUUCCGCAACCAAUACGACACCGACGUGACCACAUGGAGCCCGGCGGGUCGGUUAUUCCAGGUAGAGUACGCAAUGGAGGCUGUGAAACAAGGCUCUGCUGCAAUCGGUCUCCGAUCCAAGACUCACGUCGUUCUCGCCUGCGUUAACAAGUCUAAUUCCGAGCUUUCUUCUCAUCAAAAGAAGAUCUUUAAGGCGGAUGAUCAUAUCGGAGUGGCUAUCGCUGGUCUUACUGCCGAUGGACGUGUGUUGUCUCGCUAUAUGAGAUCUGAGUGUAUUAAUUAUAGCUAUUCUUAUGAGUCUCCGCUUCCGGUUGGCCGUCUCGUUGUUCAGCUCGCCGAUAAGGCUCAGGUUUGCACUCAGCGCUCAUGGAAAAGACCUUAUGGUGUUGGUCUGCUGGUAGCUGGUUUGGAUGAAUCUGGAGCUCACCUCUACUACAAUUGUCCAAGUGGUAAUUAUUUUGAGUAUCAAGCUUUCGCUAUUGGCUCUCGCUCACAAGCGGCAAAGACAUACUUAGAGCGCAAAUUUGAGAGCUUCAGCAGCUCAUCUAGGGAAAGCCUUCUGAAGGAUGCACUAUUUGCCAUAAGGGAAACCUUGCAAGGUGAAAGGCUUACGAGCUCCAUAUGUACUGUUGCUGUGCUAGGAGUAGGAGAGGCAUUUCAGGUAUUGGAUCAAAAAACUGUACAAGCUCUAAUUGAUGCAUUUGAGAUAGCUGGAGAAGAAGCUCCUGCUGCUGAAGGUGAUACUCCAGACCAAACUGCAGCAGAAUCAGGUCCUGCUACUGACCAGGGACCCCCAGCCCAGCCAGAUGUAGCUCCUAUGGACAUUUGAGGAUAUAAAAGUUGAAUGCCAGUCUGUUAACAUUGUCCUAGAAUGAGACUUUCUAAGCAGAAAUGAGGUCACAGUUAUGGGUGGUACCAUGAACAAUUGUCUCCGAUUGUUUUCGUUUACUUUCUUAUUUAUCUCCUGGCUUCGUUGGUGCAAACUCUCCUCUCUUGAACUCUGUUUUUACAUGAUACAUGGAUGCUAUGAGUAAGUUCAGGUUUUUUCGUAGCAAAUUUACAUGCGAGUAUUGUGGAGUUUAUCGUAAUACAUGCUGUUUAUGAUUAA